AUGGCACCAACGCAAUCUUCGCCCUCGCCGGCGGCACCCCCCGAUCUUAGCGCCAAACUCCCCAAACUCGUCCCACGCAAACGCACCUCCAUAACGCGAGAACCACCUUCUGCCCCUCCCCCGCCCACGCCCUCGCUCCCCGCACCACCCAACCUAAGCCAGCACACGUACAUACACCCGUCGCGCCGCAUACUGAGUCCCGAAGACCACGAGUUGUUCCUCAAGAGCGAGACAUGCACGCUGGUGGAAGCAUUCAUAUUCGGCAUUGCCGACUCGGUGCGCGACAGGAGCAUAUCGAGUGUGCGGGACGGCGAAGAAGUCACACCGACGGUCAAGACGAUUGUCGAGAUACUGGGCGAAGCCGAAAAGGUGCUGGAGAAGUGUCCGCCAGAAGACACGGGCUCGCGCUUUGGAAACCCCGUGUUUCGCACGUUUCUCGAUGAGAUCGACUCGGCCGUGACGGCGUGGCAUGCGAAACUGGGACUCGGCGACGCAGCGCAAGUCGACGAGGUGUCGAUGUAUCUGCGCCAUUCGUUUGGCAACCGGCGACGCAUCGAUUACGGCUCGGGCCACGAGCUGAACUUCUUCCUCUGGCUGCUGUGUCUGAACCGGCUUGGUUACCUGCCUCGGUCGACGUUCCCCGCGCUCGGUCUCGUCGUGCUUCCCGCCUACCUACACCUUAUGCGCCGCGUCCAAGAAGCAUAUUAUCUUGAGCCCGCAGGCUCGCACGGCGUCUGGGGCCUCGACGACUACCAGUUCCUCCCGUUUCUCUUCGGCGCAGCACAGCUCCUACACCACCCGUACAUCACACCCAAAUCCAUUCACAAUGCGCUCGUGCUCGAGGAAGAAGGCGGAAAGUAUCUCUACCUCGACCAAAUCGCCUUUGUAAACAGCGUCAAGAACGUAGAGGGUCUACGCUGGCAUUCGCCCAUGCUCGACGACAUUUCCUCGGCCAAGAACUGGGCCAAGAUUGAGGCGGGCAUGCGCAAAAUGUUCCGCAAAGAGAUUCUGGAAAAACUGCCCGUCAUGCAGCAUUUUCUGUUUGGCAGCUUGAUCUCCGCCGUCGAGGGCAUGAGCACAGAGGACGAGGCGGGCGUGGACAAGGAAGACAAUGAGGAAGAGGGCGGCGAGGUAAAGGUGUUUGAUGAUGAGGCAGGCAAGAGACACGUCCAUGCCAGCGUGGGCUGGGGCGAUUGCUGCGGCAUCCGAGUGCCAGCGGCCGUUGGAGCUGAAGGCGAAGCGAGGAAAGGAGGCGCGAGGGGUCUGAGGAGAGUACCUUUUGAUUGAAACACACACACACAUUUGAACGAUACCAAGAAUGCAUGGACAUGAAAUGGAACACGGCGUUUGGGAAAUAGAUGAUUACCUGGAUUCAUGACCUUUACGAUCAUGCGUAGACACAACAAAACUGUACAAUAAUAAUAGCAUCAUUUAGCAAACACACAGAUACACACAAAC